AUGAGGGUCUUCGGAUUGGCCAUCCCGACCACAAUCUUGCUGUCACAGAUUCCCAGCACUUCUGCGUGGACGGUGCCGAGCUAUGAUGCAGACCAGAACAAGCUGGGAGCUGUGGCCUCCGAAAGCGCAGUUUGUACCGAUGUUGGAAUCGAUACGUUGAAGGCUGGAGGAARUGCUGCCGAUAGUAUGGUUGCGACGGUGUUAGGCAUUGGUGGAGGCGGUUUCAUGCUCGUUCGAAGCGGAAAUGGCAGCUAUGAGUUCAUUGAUUUCAGAGAAACUGCUCCUUCUGCGGCAUUCGAGGACAUGUAUAAGAACAACUCCGACGCUAGCUUGAACGGCGGGUUGGCAAGUGGUGUGCCCGGUGAGCUCCGUGGUUUGGCCCAUCUCCACGCUCAAUAUGGUAGUCUGCCAUGGAAGGAUCUCGUGCUCCCGGCAGUCAAAUUGGCGAGAGAUGGRGUACCCGUGACUGCAGAUCUGAUUAGGUACAUGGAUUCCGCGACGACAUCAAACAACUUUCUGGUGGAAGAUCCCAACUGGGCACUAGACUUUGCUCCGAAUGGUACACGCCUGGGAUUGGGAGAUACGAUCACCCGCAAGAGAUUCGCUGCAACACUGGGGACCAUUGCAGAGCAAGGCGUGGACGCAUUUUACACUGGACCCAUUGCUCAUACGACCAUAAAUACGUUGCAGGCGAGCAACGGAACUAUGACGCUGGAGGAUCUCGCCAAUUACACCAUUGCCAUUAGAGAGCCGAUGAACAUCACCUACCGCGGAUACAAGAUCCACGGCUGCAGUGCUCCAUCAUCUGGGGCCGUUGGACUUUCAAUAAUGAAGAUCAUUGAGGGCUAUCCGACCAUCGGCCAAGCAGCAACCGUCAACGAAAGCACCCAUAUUUUCGACGAAGCGCUGAGGUUCGCGUACGGCCAGCGCAGCAAUCUCGGUGACCCUCUUUUUGUCAAAGAUAUGGACCUCUACCAAGAUGAGAUGCUCAGCGAGAAAACCGUAGCUGCUGUUCGAGCGAAGAUCAAUCCAGACCACACUUGGAACACCAGCGUGUACGAUCCGUCCGGAUUCGAGUCAUUGGAGACGCCAGGUACAAGUGCAGUGGUGGUAAGCGAUGCCAGUGGCCUAUCGAUAGCCCUCACAACCACAAUAAACACCCUGUUCGGCUCGAAAGUCAUGGUCCCGGAGACUGGAAUCAUCAUGAACAACGAGAUGAAUGAUUUCAGCAUUCCGGGAGUCAGCAAUGCCUUUGGCUACAUUGCAUCACCGAGUAACUACGUCCGGCCAGGCAAGCGACCGCUCAGCUCUAUAACCCCAACGAUUGUGGAGAAUGCCGAUGGAUCCGUAUAUUUCGUUGCGGCCGGAGCAGGCGGCAGCAGGAUCAUUACGAGCACAGUCCAGCAGCUCUGGUAUGUGUUGGAUCAGAACGCCACGUCGGCCGAGGCUUUGGCAAAACCUAGGCUGCAUGAUCAACUCAUUCCGAAUGUUGUUCAGGUAGAGUGGUCAUACAACAACGCUACGACGGCGUUUUUGAAGGAGCGUGGACAUAAUGUGACCUGGGUCGAAACUGCUCCCAGCACGUCCCAUCAGUUGAGGCGUCUUGCAAACGGAACCUUUGAAGCUGCCAGCGAGCCAAGGCAAGUCAACAGCGGAGCGCGAGUUGUAUGA